UUUCUAUAUAAGCCUGAGUUUGAAACAUCACCAGAAUAUAUAAUUAAGCAGUUGAUUAACAAUUUCCUAAUAUACUGAUAUUUCCUGCAAUGGAUUCCGGCGUCGUCUAUCGUUACCGGCGUUCUGCCUCUCGGCUAACAGUGGUUGCACAUUUGUUUGGUAUUUUGGCUUUCAUUCUCAUGCUGAUUUGGUUGCUACGUUAUCGGGGUGGCAUUGAAUAUGAUUCUUAUGAUGCUGAUCGCGUUUUCAAUGUUCAUCCAUUUAUGAUGUUUUGUGGGUUCAUCUUUCUUGCCGGUGAAGCUAUGAUGGUGUACAAGACAAUACCAGUUUCACAUAAAACGCAGAAAUUAAUCCAUUUGGUGUUUCACCUAGCGGCUAUAUGUCUUGGAAUUGUUGGCAUUGCCGCUGUUUUCAAGUUUCAUGACAUGAUAAAAGCUGAGGAUGUCUAUAGCUUACACUCAUGGAUUGGAAUAACUACCAUCUGCUUAUUUGGGUUGCAGUGGUUAUUUGGUUUGUUCACAUUUAUUAUUCCACAGCCUGACGUUACAAAGAAAAUGAUGCUUCCAUGGCAUAUAUGUGGGGGUAGAGCUCUCCUUUACAUGGCUGUAUGUGCAGCUUUAACUGGAAUUAUGGAGAAAUCUACAUUUUUAGAGCAACAACAUACUCAUGAAAAUCGUCUGAUGAAUUUCACUGGAUUGUUCAUCCUCCUCUUCGGCAUUUUUGUUGAUAUUUCAGUUACUCUCGCCCGUUAUGUCUAAUUAUUAUUAUUAUCAUUGUUAUUGUUAUUGGUGUGUGGAUUUUUGUGUCUUGAUUAAUUUUGAUUGGAUUAAUGUUGCAAUAUUAUUUAUUUUUUUAUUUUUGCAAAUGUAAUAAUUAAAUUGACUCACUGAGUCCAUUUGUGUUCAUUGUUAAAAAUAAAUCUACAAAAAAAAAUGCAUCAGAAACA